GUCGAUAUGAUUUGGCCGUGCAUAUCUUGAAUAUUCACCUUCAGUAUUGGCCAUAUUCCUAGUGAGGGAACCGAGAUUCAGUAAAGUCCGGUCCCACUUGGCCUUUCAACACCAAUUCUGUGACUUCACUUGCAGAACAUUUCACCUCUGACAUGACCACGGCCGAAUCAGAGUCAAGUGCAAGCAAGAAGGAGUAUUAUGAUCAAGCUUACUUCGAUUCAGACGAGGAUAAUGAUAACGAUGAUUCGUCCAUGAGUGUAGACAAACCUGCCAGCAAAGAUCGGCAGAAAAAGCGAGAAGUAAUAGAUAAUGACGAACUGUUAUACAAUCCCGAGGAAGACGAUACUAAUGAAGACUGGGUAGCCGAGCAACUGCGAGCCAUAGCGCCUUCCGAAAAAGGCAGAAAAUCGAAACGCUCAAUGGCCAAAACUGAUGCCAUUCUGACUUGUCCUUUAUGCUUCACACCUGUCUGUCUUAGUUGUCAAAGGUAAUCCAUCAUUCAUUGACUCAAAUAGCAUGUUCGAUCGUUGUCAUUUACAAAGUGUUGUAGGCAUGAUCUAUAUCCCAACCAGUAUCGGGCCAUGUUCGUCACCAAUUGCCGGCCAAAUUUUGCUGAACGGUUUCGAUACAAAGAGCCAAAGGAAGAAGGAGGAAAUGGAGAUGAUGUAUAUUAUCCUGUUAAUUGUGACAUAUGCAAGACGCAUAUUGCCAUGUUUGAUCACGAAGAAGUAUAUCACUUUUUUAAUGUCAUAGCAUCAUGACGUGACUGUAUUUUCCUUUUUUGGCGACUCUUUGUCCCAGUCG